AUGCGUUCGAUUUUUGAAUAUCUAGCUAUUUUCUUCGCUGUGCUUUUGGUGGUCAAAGCACAGGAUUCUACUGGUAAUAGCCCGGCAGAUGAGGAAGAGUUUGGAACGACAUGCCCCGUGCUAACCACACAAGGAACGACCACCACAACUGCAGCAUCGGCACCUAAUACGAUUUGUCCGGAUAAUGAUUCGAACGACGCGCUCAGAAAUGCUACCCUAGAUUUCCACAAUACAAACAGAGCAAAUCUUGCUAAUGGACAGCAGACCAUGGGAUCUGCAAAAGCCUCUAUGCGAAAGGCAAACAAUAUGCCAGAACUAGUAAGUCAUCGUAAAAACAACCAAUUAAUUUGCAGUUACAUUAGCUACAUCAAAAAUACUACAAGUUGCUACUCUCAAACGUAGAU